CUGUAAAAGGUGAAAGGUGGCAGGUGGCAGGUGGCAGGUGGCAGCUCUGCUUUUGUGAUACGACAAGUUGUCCUUAUUGGCAACCACAGCUCCCGUUUGCUAUCUAUCGUGGUCACAUCGAAUUGAGGCCAGAUUCCCUCAAUGUCUUCAGUACUUCCCUAACAUUAAACCCCCUUUCUUCUCUUGAUCAUUGCAUGAUCUUUCCUGCUGGUCAGCAGCAACAAUCCCCUCCUCCGGUCGCUGCGACUGUGUCUCUUACUUGAGGUUACGAGAUACCCCCCCCCCCCCAAGCCCACACCUAUAUCAAAGAUGGCGAGGCGAACUAGAUCACCGUUAGCAGCCUUACUCUGCGCGGUAUUCUUCUUCUCCGCCAAUGUUCUAGCCGUUUCAGCAGUGCUAGGAGUCGACCUGGGCGCCGGCUACAUCAAAGCAGCGCUCGUCAAGCCAGGCAUUCCACUAGAAAUCGUCCUGACCAAGGACGCGAGACGGAAAGAGGCGUCCGCCGUCGCGUUCAAGCCUUCCUCGAAUGGCCCCAAGGCAGGGUCUUACCCCGAGAGGUUCUACGGCUCCGACGCAGUGGCCCUCGCCCACCGAUUCCCCGGCGAUGUCUACCCGAACCUCAAGACCCUCCUCGGCCUACCUGUAGACCACGCCGCCGUGAAGGACUACGCCGCGCAGCACCCCGCACUGAAACUGGUCGCUCACAAGGCGAAAGGAACCUCCGCAUUCAAGAGCGCCGGUGCGUUCACUGCAGAAGAGGAGGCAUUCCUGGUGGAGGAGCUGCUUGCCAUGGAGCUGCGGAGCAUACGGACGAACGCGGAAGCUCUUGCUGGCUCGGGAAGCUCCGUCCGCUCGGUAGUUCUCACCGUCCCGCCAUUCUACACCACCGAGGAGAAGCGCGCAGUCGAAUUGGCCGCCGAGCUCGCCGGACUCCGCGUCUUGUCCCUGAUCAGCGAUAGCUUGGCGGUUGGACUGCACUACGCAACCAGCCGCCAAUUUCCCAAUAUCAAUGAGGGUGGGAAGCCGGAGUAUCAUAUGGUCUUUGACAUGGGCGCCGGGUCGACCAAGGCCAGCGUGCUGAAGUUCCAGAGUCGGACUGUCAAGGACGUUGGCAAGUUCAACAAAACCGUCCAGGAAGUCCAGGUCUUGGGCGGUGGCUCCGACCGGAGCCUUGGUGGUAUUGCCCUCAACUCGCUCAUUGUGGAUGAUAUGAUCUCUCAAUUCGUCGACUCGCCCAAAGCCCAGAAAGCAUCGGUCACUCUGGAGGGCGUCAAGGCACACGGCCGCGCUAUCGCUAAGCUCGCCAAGGAGGCUGAGCGGUUGCGCCACAUUCUCAGCGCCAACACGAACACGCAAACCAGCAUCGAGAGUCUUUACGACGAUGUCGAUUUCAAGUACAAGAUCAGCCGGGCCGAGUUUGAGACAUUCGCCGAGAGCCAUGCUCAGAGGGUGGCGGCGGUCAUCCAGGGCGCUCUCGAUGUUGCCGGCAUUCAAGUUGCCGACCUCGACUCUGUGAUCCUUCACGGAGGCGCUUCCCGUACCCCAUUCCUCCAGGCGGAGCUCGAGAAGAUUAUCGGUGGCCCCGAUAAGAUCCGCAAGAGCGUCAACUCGGAUGAGGCUGCCGUAUUUGGAGCUGCCUUCCGAGCGGCCGAACUCAGCCCAAGUUUCCGUGUCAAGGAGAUCCGUAUCUCUGAACCGGCUGCCUACCCAGCGGGCAUGAAGUGGACGGACGACAAGCAAAAGCCCCGGAAUCAAAAACUCUGGACUGCCACCUCGGCUCUUGGAGCUGCUUCUAAGGAUGUCGCGUUGCCUAACCUCGAGGACUUCUCUGCCAGCUUCUACCAGCUUGUUCCUGCGUCUAACGGCGAGGACACCGUGGAGGCAGAGACUAAAGUCUUCGCGACCAAGAACUUGACUGCCACGGUAGAGCAGCUCGUCGAGAAGUAUUCCUGCGAGAAGUCCGACAUCCAGUUCAAGGUCGGUGUCCGUCUGGCAAGCGAGAAUGGAGAAGUGGAAGUCACAAAAGUUACUGUCGAAUGCGAAGUUGAGGUACCGGAGGAGGGAGGCUUUGUUGAUGGGGUGAAGAACCUGUUCGGCUUUGGCAAGAAGGACCAACAACCUCUCAAGGGGGAUGAGGAACCUGUCGAGGAUACAGAAGCCUCAUCGUCUACGACCGCCUCAUCCGAAUCCGAACCUUCGGCUACAGAUUCCACCUCGUCGUCCACCACGGCAACGUCAUCUGAUUCUGCUUCCGCCUCGGCGGACAGCGAACCAAAGCCGAAGAAGAAGCAAAUGAUGACCAUUCCUGUCGACUACACGCUAGAAAAAGCGGGGCCGUCAUUGCCCAAAUCAGAUCUCUUGGCCCUCAAGGACCGACUCAAGGCGUUUGAUGCGUCAGACCGUUCGAUCCGGCAACGUGAAGAGGCGUUGAACCAGCUCGAGGGUUUAACCUACAGAGUCAGAGACCUGUUGGAACGCGAGGACUUCGUUGGCGCUUCUACUGCCAAGGAGAGACAGGAUCUUGAGAAGAAGAGUGGCGAGGCGAGUGACUGGCUCUCUGGAGAUGGUGUGCAUGCGACAAGAGAGGAGCUCAGAAGCCGCUCCAAGGGUAUGCAGGACGUCAUUACUCGUAUCGAGAAGAGAAUCGAGGAAGGCUCCAAGCGACCUGAGCUCAUCACCGGGCUGAAGGAAGCGCUCCAGCAGACGAAAGAUUUCAUCGCCUCGAUCAAGAAGGACGUCGCAGAGUACGAGGCAUUUAAGUCUUCUCAGAUUGCUUCAUCUGCUUCAUCUACCUCGACCAGCACCGAUACUAGCACGGUCACCGAGGCUCCGACUGCUGAUGACUUCGCUGGACUUGAGGAUGACGAGGCAACAACCUCGACGACUACCGAGAUCUUGGAGAUGGAGGACCUUCUCAAGGAGCGCGGCCCGGUGCCACCUGUGUAUUCCCUCGAAGAUCUCAAGGAGACCGAGGAGGCUUACGAUUCCAUUACAGCCUGGCUGGAGAAGAAGCUCGCCGAGCAAGAGAAACUCGGCCCGACAGACGACGCGGUACUUCUUGUCAAGGACCUUACCGAGAAGCGAGACAAACUCGACAAGGUUGGCGUGGAUCUCGCCAUGAAGGGAGUACGGAACUUUGAGAAGAAGAAGCAGAAGAAAGGCAGCAAGACGAAGGGCAAGUCCUCGACCAAGACUGCCAAGGCCAAGAAGCCGGCAUCCACAAUCGAACUCAAGCCCGACAACGAGGGCAAUAUGCCGACUGAGGAAGAGAUCGCCGAGAUGAUCAAGAAGUUCACCGAGUCGCCGGAAUAUCAGGAGGCUCAGGCCGAGCAGGGCAAGGAGGGUAACGAGGCCAAGGAGGAGGAGAUGGAGGACACGGAGCGCAAACAUGAGGAGCUGUAAUCAGUUUAUGUGGGUGGCGCAUCAUCGGUACGGAGUUAUAGGGUGUGUGUGUGUGUGUGUGAGUAUGAAGGUCCAAACAGAGGCCAGAAGUACUGUGGAAUUCCCCAUAUAGACGACUUACUAUCAACACAUCCGUUGGUCUCCUCCCUCGCACUCGCGUAGCCGACCGAGCCAAGAUGAAUUUGUACGUUGGGGGGGCAAAUACCAGCUCCGCCAGAGUGACAAACACUGUUGGGCUUCGCGUGAUUAUGUCGUUCCCCGGCUCCCCCUUUUCCCUCCUGUCCGGCACGCGGCCUAUUUCCCACCGUGACAUUGCUCUGCCGGUAAUCUGAGUCGGGUGCCACAGCCAAGAACCCGGGUAGCGGGUGGGCCCUACAGACAUACAGAUUCGAAGACCAGUUACAAGAGCCGGAACGUGCCACGGGUGUAGGUAGGAGUAUGUCGACUCGACUGGGG